CCGCCACAUGCGCGUGCGUAGACACAGCUAGCUGAGAGAAAGGCUUGUGCUACUGCUUCCCAGUUAUACAGCUCGUCUCUUUGGAAAUGACAAGCGCAACUGGAUGGUCGUGGGGCAGUGCUUGGGGAGACGAUGCACUGGAUGACCAGGAGGAUGAGGCCGGAGGAAGGGUUUACGCCUCUUCUAAGGACUGCCUGGUGCUGUUAUUGGAUGCUGGCAAGCAGAUGUUCCAGGGUGGUGGACAGCCGGAAGAUGUACCAUUUGCACUGUGUCUUAAGUGUGUGAAAAGUGUGUUGCUGAACAAGAUCAUCAGUAGUGAAAAAGACUUGGUUGGAGUUGUCCUCUAUGGAACUGCAAAGAGUCAGAACAAAAGUGACUUCAAGCAUGUAUAUGUACUACAGGACCUUGACACUCCCGAUGCACCAAGAAUUAAGGAAAUCGAGGAUAUGUUGAGUGCUCAGAGCUUGCAAAACCUCUCUGCGAGUUUUGGACAUUCUGAUGACUACUCAAUGUCUGAUGUCUUGUGGACUUGCUCUAAUAUGCUAAGUGACAGUGUCUCAAAGAACAGUCACAAGAGGAUUAUUCUCUUCACAAAUCAACGAUAACCCACAUAGAACAAACCCCUCACUACAGCGUCAAGCAAAGACCAAAGCACAGGACCUGGCAGAGAAUGGUGUUGAGAUUGAGCUGAUGCACAUUGGACACUCAUUUGAUGUCUCCUUGUUCUAUAGGGAUAUAAUAUAUGUGGAUGAUGACGAUGCUACAACCUUACCUGAUCCCUCUGAGAAUUUCGAAGAACUGCUAAUAAGGGUGCGCUCAAAGGAAGUGAAAAAGAGGGCGCUGCAACGAAUACCUUUGUCCCUUGGACCUGGUCUGGAGAUUGGAGUUGGAGUGUACUGUCUAGUGCGGGAGGCUAAAAAGCCAAGUUUUGUGCGUCUUGAUCAGAGAUCAAAUGAAGAGUUAAAGACUCAAACAAGGCAUAUCUGUGAGGAUACUGGGACUGAGCUGAUGCCCACUGAUAUCAAGUUCUAUCAACCAUUUGGAGGUGAGAAGGUGGUCUUUGAGAAAGAAGAAGUAACUGAGAUGAAGAAAUUUGGAGAACCAGGACUCACAUUAAUGGGCUUCAAACCAAGAUCUCGUGUCAAGAAGCAUUGCUACAUAAAACCUUCCAACUUCAUCUUCCCUGAUGAAAGUGUUGUCAAAGGCAGCUCAAGCCUAUUCAAAGUCCUCUUGGACCGCUGCCUUGCAAGAGACAUUGUGGCUAUAUGUCGCUACAUUGCUCGGCAGAAUGCACAGCCAUUCUUCGUAGCAUUGGUUCCUCAAGCAGAGAAUUUGGGUGAAAAUAAUCUACAAGUGGAGUCACCAGGAUUUCAUGUGGUGUUCCUUCCAUUUGCUGAGGAUUUUCGGACUCUACAUUUUGAGGAGUCCACUAAAGCAAAUACUGAGCAAAUUGACAAAGCCAAGGAUAUCAUCAAGAAGUUGACCUUCAAGUACCAACCUGACUCUUUUGAGAAUCCUGUUCUUCAGAAGCACUAUCGCUAUCUAGAAGCUAUAGCCCUGGAGCACGACGAAGUGGAGCAAGUGACAGACCUAACUGAGCCGGACAUUGAGCGCAUCUCUCGCAGGGCUGGCUCACUGCUAGAGGAGUUUAAAGAGUUAGUGUACUCUGAUGGAUAUGAUCCUGAACAGAAACCUGGUGCCAAGAGGAAGGCUGCUAGCAAUGCCCCCAGUGCUAAGAGACCCAGGAGCUCAUCAGAAGAUGUUGAUGUUGAAGCUGAGGCAAGGAAAGGAAAUUUGAAGAAGGUUACUGUGCCUGUGCUCAAGGCCUAUUUGAAAGGAGUUGGUGUAAGUGCUGGGGGAAAGAAACAAGACCUUAUCGAUGCAGUGAAUGAACACCUUGGAUUUUGAGUUGCACAUCAAGUUUAUUUUAUCAUACUAUAACAGUUAACUCAGCCUGCUAUGUCGGGUUAUCUUUUGCCUUUUUUCUUAGUAUCUGUCUUAGUUUGUCUUGCACUCAAUUUCUCUUCCAGCUUCUUGGCUAGCUUUGCUUGUAUUUGUGACCUUUUCGUUCCACUGAGGUCGGAAGUCUUACCACCUUGCUUUGCCUCUCGCUGAAUAUCUUUUCGUGAUUGCUGUCUGGCUGCAUCUCCACAACCAUGUACUUCUGGGAGACUGUGCUCCAUGCAGAACCGUUUUUUGCAGAAUUGACAGAAAAUACCAAGCAAAUUUACUUUCUUGGAACACUGAGAAAAUUUGCACGUACAAUCUGCCAAUGUC